CAUCCACCCAUCCUCCCGCUAACCACUCUAGGGCACGACCGGUCGUGCUCUAGGGUAGCCACCCUACUCUUUAUUCUAUGACCCUACCCACUCCACGCGUUUUGCCGCGUCUUGUUUUGAUUGUUGCGUUCCCAGUGCUCUAACAGCUGCUGACACCCAAGUUUCUUGCCACCGCAAAAAUGUGCGACGCCGACGUUCCUGAGUGUGUUGAAGACACUGAAUUAUCCACGCCUGAAACGAAGGUGCUCCGCUGCAACUUGAAUAAUGCAACAGAAGCAGAACAGUGGAUGCGCAACUACAGCGCCAAAACCAACACAUCGUGGAUUGUGGACUUCGCUGCCACAAAAUGCGUAAGAAUGGUCUUCCACAAGGUGUGGCGGUGUCAACACCACCACCGAAACAAAAUGACUGCACGGCGCACCACUAACUGCUUAGCAAAACUCGACAUAAAAAUUAAGAAAGUGAACCCUGACACCCAAAGAAAUGAUAAGUAUUUGUGCAGAAGCACUCCCCUCCCAGCUGUGAUCAAAUUGGCCCCAACACAUAAUCACAACACAGAAUGUGCUGACUCACUAAAGUUACUGCGUGCCAGCCCAGAAACAAGGGCCGCAUUCUAUGCAUAUUUCGAGGCUGGUUUCAUGCCUGCAGCAGCCAUUCGACACCACGAGGAGGCACUGGCAAUGGAAGACAACAGUCACAUUUUGCUUACCAACAGUAUGGUGAACCCACAACAAAGGACUGUUUAUUACUGGCACCAAAAAUGGAGGCGAGCAAAGUAUGGCUUCAUAAGAAAUCCUCUUCCAAAACUCCAAGAAAAGUUGGCAGACUAUGCAGCACAAGGCCUCACAAAAGCGACAAGCCCAGGCAUCGCUGUUGUCGAAGCGGCAUGCCACAGUCCUCUUGAGAUCGGUCAGGUCACUGUUGCAGUGCAGUGCAGCUUGACUGCGGCUGACAAGUCUGUCGGGUGCUCCUUCAAAGCAGGCAGCGAGUCGAGGAGCGUGCAGACUACAGAGAUUGUGCAUCAGUCGAGCUCCACGUCAGCAUCAAGGCCUUCUAUAUCUCCAUCAACAGCAGCCGAGGAUGACAAUGCACACCAUGGUCUCCGACACCACUGUCACCUCUGUGACUAUGAGACUGAUAAGGGUUUUCAUCUGAAAGCACAUAUGAGGGUUCAUACUGGCGAACGUCCUUUUAGUUGUGAUUUGUGCCCUCGAAGGUUCUCGGAAAGGUCCAAGAUGAAGAUACACCUGCGCACCCACACAGGCGAGAAGCCAUUUCAGUGCCCUUCAUGCCCUCAGAGCUACUCUCAUAAGCUCAGCUUGCAGAGACAUCUGCGCAUCCACACAGGCGAAAAGCCAUUUCAGUGCCCCUCGUGCCCUCAGCACUUUUCACAAAGGUCCAAAUUGAAGGAACACUUGCACAUCCACUCACGCCAGAAGCCAUUUCAGUGCCCUUCAUGCCCUCAGAGCUUCUCACAAACGUCCAAGCUGAAAGAACAUCUGCGCAGCCAUACAGGAGAGAAGCCAUUUCACUGCCCUUCAUGCUCUCAGAGCUUCUCAUAUAAGUCCAGCGUGAAGAAACACCUGCGCACCCACACAGGCGAGAUGCCACUUCAGUGCCCUUUGUGUCCUCAGAACUUCGCGCAAAGGGCCAAGCUAAAAGAGCACCUACGCACCCACACAGGGAGGCAUCAUGACUUCUUACCAAUAGUCAAGCACGACCAGUUGCAGCAGAGCCUCCUUUACCAUUGUGACCAUUGCGACUUUACGACUGCCAGACUGUGUGCUUUCCUUAGUCACAAGCGCAAGCACCCAGCAACGACAGAGGGUGACAACUCGCAGCUGGGAUGCCGCUACCGCUGUUGCCUCUGUGAUUACGAGACUGAUAAGAGUUGUCAUCUGGAAGCACACACCAGGGUCCAUACUGGCGAGCGCCCAUUUAAGUGCCAUAUCUGCCCUCAAAGCUUUUCACAAAGGAUCAACCUAAACGUACACCAACGCAUUCACACAGGCGAGAAGCCUUUUCAGUGUCCUUCAUGCUCUCAGAGAUUUUCACGAAAGUCUGUAUUGAAGAAACACAUGAGCGUCCACACAGGCGAGCGGCCAUUUCAAUGCCCGUCGUGCCCUCAGACCUUCUCCCAGAAGUACGCCGUGAAGCAACACCUACGCAUUCAUAUAGGCGACUUACCAUACCGCUGUGAUGUCUGCUUCAAGUCCUUUGUCAGGGCUGAUUAUUUGAAGAGACAUAAGAAAACAAAACACUCUCAUACCGAGAGUAUGUCAACAGCCGUGUUGAGCUAGGGUGAAUUAGGCAUUACAUAACAUGAAGCAUGCUUAAUGAUGUUCUCCUGCAUCAGGUAGCACAAGCGUCGCAGUAUGCUUCUCAAUGUUGAGCUGCCAAGUCAUUUCAAAAGAUGUUUCAGGCUGGUCUAGAAAGUUGCAAGGACAUUUGUAGUAAUAGUGUUGUGGUGCAUUAGAGUGGCCCUGUUUAUGUUAUAUUAUUUUAUGCAAAGGUACAACAAAGAAACGCUCACCCCUGAAUUAUCAAAGUACAUUCUUAUUACUAUCUUGUAAUUCGCAACCACCUUUUUUUAAAAUUAGCUUAUUGCAAAAAGAACUGCACCAUUUCUUGAGAAGUAUAACGUACUAACUCCAAAGCAACAUGUGUAGUGAAACAGGCUACACCGCUGAGGGUGUUGAACUUUACCGGUUACACAAUGAUCGUUUGCACUUUCUGAAGAAUCCUGUGUAUGUGAAGAAGCUGCUUAUGCUUUACCUAAUGUUUUCUAUGCUUUUCAAGUAUGUAUUUUCAAUAUGUUGCAUUGUAAUGCUUAUUACAGUAGAACCUCGUUGAUACCUACCCGUUACGUACGUUUUUCCGGUGCCAACAUUCGCAACCGAGAACGCAAAAAAUGACCCGAUAGAGUUACGCUCAUUUUUUACCGGUUCAUGCGUUCCCAGAAAAUGAAUUUUCGGCACAAGCAUUCAGUGUGUCACCAAAUUGCGAUCCUAUGAUGCAUUUUCUGGUCGCUGGAUUCCAUGUAAACAAGAAAAAAUGCCAGGCACGAGCGAUCGAGAGCAGUAUAUAGCUGCCUGCCAUGGCAGCCUCACUGCAGUACUCGCCCGCCUGUCUCACGUGAAAACGCUGGUGCACACUCAGUUUCUCAUUUCAGUACGAGCAAAUCUUCUUUGGGGUCGUCGUACGCAGCAUUCACAGCUAACACCGCCAGUCCUAUUGCGAUGAGCAUUUUGCCUAUCUGUUUUGACAGCACAUACGUGGUGCUGUCAAAAGCGUAGCACACGCUUGUAAUAGGCGAUAAGCGAAAUGCACCACCAUUCCCUGCUGCAGACUGCGAUUGUAUACGUUUGCCAGCUGCUAGAUCCCAUGUAAACAAGAAAAGGCACGAGGUGCACGCCGCAUUCGCAGCUAUCGCCGCCAAACCUACUGCGAUAAGCAUCUUCACCUAUCUGUUUUACAGUGCGUGGUGUGUAGUGCCACUGCACGCUUUUAGUAGGCAAUAAAAUCAUAAUUCAAAUGCACCGCCGUUCCCUGCUGCAGGCGGCGCGAUGUCGGCAUCACGUUUCGCUUCGGUAGCAUCCAGCGUAGCCCACCAGCUCUAUCUCGUUUCGGUUUCCCGUCGCCUUCUUAGAACACCACCGAAAAUAAAAUGCAUCUCCGGCUGCCAGUGCACCAUCAGCACUCUGCAUGUUGGCGUCUUGUGCCGCAACGAUCAGUGCGACACAUCGCAUUAUGUAGAUGUCAACAAUAGGUGAGUCUCAGUUUUAUUAGUUACUUCGGAUCGUACGUUUCCCUGGUUAGUACGUUUUUUUUUCUCACAUUCUUUUUCCAAAACGUAUGAACGAGGUUUUACUUCAUUAAUUACCCUUGAAAUGUCUGAAUGAUGUGCUUUGCUAAGUUCCGUUAUGAAAUGCUGUGUUUGCUAUAUGUUACUCCAUGUAAUGUAUGUUUAUAUGCACUCGAACCUUGGCGUAAUGAGCAUAGAUAUAAUGAAUUAUUGGAUAUAAUGUAGUAAAUAGACAGUUUAGUUGGUCAUGCUUGAGUUUAGUGGAGUUUCUCCUACUUUAUCAAAAUUGAAAAUGGGAAAUCUGUCAUGCCAUGUUAUGUCUUGGAGGAAGUUUUGGUUUACAGGUGCCUUAACAUAUAUAUAUAUAUUCAGGCAGUAAAAAUAUUGAAUACAAUUGCUGCCCAAUUUUUUGGACCUGAAUAAAUCCUGAAGCACCACUGCCUACCCCUACCACCAAUGUACAACAGCAAUAACUGAUAUUUUGGACACCGUAGGAAGUUUGAGCCAUGAACCGUGUGUGUGAUGUCGCAAACAUGGUGGCCAUGAACAGAAGUGCCGUCAUGUCAACUGGCUCGGCACAAAACUACAACACGGGUUGCCCACUCCCGACAAAGCAGUGCGGAUUAAUCCUAGCAGCCUGAGCGCUGUGGCCGGCGGAGUGGCUGGUACCCGGCUGUUGCAGGAAGCAUGCUGCCAGUAUGUUCGUACUCAUAGACCUUAUCAGUAUUUGAGCAUGGGAUCACAAAUAGUUUUGCCAAAAAACGUUGCUGAUAGUGAUGUCAUUUUUGCCGGAAAUGCUGAUAGUGAGAGCAAAGUAUUAGACUAAACAAAAUAAGGUUCAUAGUUUUGUUGAUCCUAUAUGUAUAGGAACAUUUAUGUUUAUAUUUAUCACUACACAUUUGCUUUGCUAAUUAAUUUAGUGAGCAGAGUGUCACAGGUGCCAAGGCAGGCAUGAACAGAUCUCACUCGAUGACUGCAAACACUCACUGUUGCAAUGCUGGUGUGAUGGUAGAGCGCCGGCGACAGGCAUUGAGUGCUUCUUGCUGCCUCUUGCUUCACUUUGUCUUUGGAACUUGAGAUUACGCAACCUUCAAUCCUAGAUGUGCAUGAACACCCCGAAUCAAGGCACUAGCCAUCUCGGCUAGCCUUUCAACUCUCCGCGGAUAGCCUCCAAGUAAGGGUGUGUCGUCUGCAUAUGCACUCAGCCACGUGCACAGUUAUCCGCAGCCACGGCCUGGCUAGAGCUCACCGGACUUUUCCUUCCCCUCCGCCUAGCCUGCGCUUGAUCGUGUUACCACAUGCUUUCCCUCCCACCCCUGCCUACAAAAGAAGAAAAUCGACUAGGAGAAGGCAUUAGGUCAUGCAGUCUAAUUUGGCCAACGAACUCUGCAUGAUGCUGUUCCUUUUGCUUUAUCCCUAGCAGUAUCUGCCCAACACGUGACCCCCAAGACUUUGCAUGUUGGCCUAUAGUUUUCAAUUGAUGCACGCUUGUUUGGCGGCUUUUCCUCUGCCUGCAGAGUGGAAACACUGAAACCUACCGCUCUAUGUUAGACAAUCACAUGUUGAGCCAAUAUGUUGCCUUGUGCUCACUCCUAAUUUGCCCCCUCCCCUCUUGCCUUGGAGGAAACAUCGCUGGGGUGAAACUUGGUUGAAAAUGCACAUGUCCUGCUCUAAAAAUUGUUAACAGCACCUUUAACCAGGGUGUCAAACUGAAUAGGAACUGAACCGAAAACGAACUGAGCCAUUAUUUUCAGCUGAACUGCAAACGAGUCAUUAUUUUUUCCCUUCAUCUUGGAACUGAACCCGAACAGGAACUUAUUGAAGAAACCAUUCCAAACCGGUUCAAGAAAGUGUUCAGGAGGACCUAAGUGCCCACUGCUAGGGUGUGUGAGAGGAGAAUGUUGGAACAAGGCCGAAAGCGUCUCGUAGUUGAUCAGCAAACAAUCCCACUGACUCAGAGAAGACUGAAGUUGGAAUAACCUCAACUCAGUUCUGACUCUUUUUAUGCUGUUUUAUGCUGUUAAUCUUUGUGCAACCAACGCUGCCCUUUAUGCGAUGAAAAAUGCCGGAGCUUUAUGUGCUUGAACAUCUUGCUGCAGCCAAGAGGCCAGAACAAUUCUUUUCAAGUUACUGUUCUCUUGUACGCCCUUAAGGCACUAGAAAAAUCUAUCUGCCAGAUUUGAAUAACUGGUACCCAUUCACAUUUUCACACUGUAACUGUAUUGGGUAAAUCUCAUGAAUAAUUGUUUAUGUUUUGAAAAGCUACUCUGAUAUACUUCAUAAUGUACACUGGACCUCACUGAGAGAGACCCAAUGCAGGUCCUCAAACAGAAGUUAAAUUUUAGAAUUUCGGAAAAGAAAAUGCUUUCAAGCAAGAGCCGCACCAAAUUUUACGGAGGUAUACUUGGCUUUCUUAUGGUAAAAUCAGUAUUUUAAUGGUAAUUACUUUUUGUUUGGCUUAUGUUUUUACGGCACAGCACUUAGGCAGGUGAUGGGUAAAGGUUCUCAUGCUGCUUUCUGAGACACAUGCAGUGCUAAAAAAAUUUAUUGGAUGCAAAUGUAUAUAGUACAUUUCAAGAUGGAUGCAGGCAUUAUAAGCACAAUCAUUCAGCAUUUGCUUAAGUAGAAAUAGAAACUCAACAUUACAGGGGGUCUCUCCUGCAAUGACAUUUUCCUGCAUUGCAGUCCUGUUGUGUGCUUUGUUUAGUGAUGUCGAAAUAAACAGAUUUCUGUUGUUAGACAUUUUCGGCCUAUCAUAAGAUGAGCCACUGAUUUCAAUUGAGGGUUACCGAACCUCUAUUGUUCACCUCAUGUCAUUUACGAAUAAAUAUGCAUUGUAUUUGUUGUUUA